AGUCAUGUCAAUUGUUAAUCAGGCUUCCAGUUUUUUGUGUUCUUCAGCUUCAUCUAUUUCCUCUUCAUCUUCAUCUUCUCAUAGAGAUUUAACUAGAGCUUCUAUCCAUUUCCCAAAGAUUAAAACAAAUAAUCUAAGCACACUCAUUCCAAAGAUCCAAUCAAACAUCGGUUUGGUUGAAGAAAUGGAGUUUUCAAGAAUUCCACCAAAGAAACAAAACCAAAACAACCCUAAAAUGUCUCAUGAUCCUGAAGUAAUGGAGAAGCUUUACGUGAUAUUGGAGGCUGUUUCGGACCGUGUAGAGAUGCAUAAGAACAUUGGAGAGCAAAGGAAUAACUGGAACAGCCUGCUGUUAACAUCUAUCAACACCAUUACUGUUACAGCAACAACUAUGGCUGGCAUUGCAUCUGCUAUAACUAGUGUACCUGGUGCACCCUUGGAAGCUCUUAAACUUUCAUCAAGUUUCUUAUAUUUAGCAGCCACUGGGAUGUUGAUUAUCAUGAACAAGAUCCAACCAUCCCAACUGGCUGAAGAACAAAGAAACGCAGCAAGGUUGCUCAAGCAACUCGAAAGCGAAAUCAAGACGAAGAUUGCGAUAAGCAAUCCUUCUCUUAGUGAUGUAAAUGAUGCUAUGGAGAAAGUUUUGGCUAUAGAUAGAGCAUACCCUCUUCCUCUACUUGGUGUCAUGCUAGAAAAGUUUCCAGCCAAAGUGGAACCAGCGGUUUGGUGGCCUGAAAAACGCAGGACAUCUUCCAAACGGUGUCACGAUAAAAACGGUUGGAGUGUGGAACUUGAGGAAGAGAUGAGAGAGAUCAUUAGGGUUUUGGAGAUUAAAGACAAAGAUGAUUAUAUAACGUUAGGUGAAAAGGCCUUGAAACUAAACAAAGGUUUAACCAUAGCUGGCCCUCUAUUAACCGGCUUAGGAGCCAUUGGUUCGGCCUUUCUUGCAUCUUCUCCUCAUAAUUCUUGGGCCAUGGUGCUCGGGGUCAUGGGUGGUGCAAUGGCAAGCGUUGUAAAUACCAUACAACAUGGUGGGCAAGUUGGGAUGGUGUUUGAGAUGUAUCGAAGCAAUGCUGGUUUCUUUAAGAUGAUGGAAGAAUCAAUAGAAUCAAACUUGAAGGAAAGAGAUUUUGAUAGUAGAGAGAAUGGUGAAGUUUUUGAGAUGAAGGUGGCAUUGCAGCUUGGAAGAAGUUUAUCUGAGCUUAGAGAUGUAGCAGCUUCAUCUUCAAGAUUAGGCAGUGACAUUGAAGAGUUUGGUAGCAAGCUUUUCUAAUUAAGUAUUGUAGUCCAGAAUGUAAUUGAUCUUUUGAUUAUUUUUCUCAUGAUGUAUAUAAUUAACUAAAUCAUGAAGAUGUAAAUUGUUUGAUAACUUUGUCAAGAUUUGUCAUUUUGUU